AUGAACAAAAACUCGUACGAUCCUGAUGCAAUCUUGAUUUCUUUUCACCGGAGGAUGGUUAGAAGCGUUGCUGGAAAGCAUUCUGGGAAACACAAUCUGGGACAGAAAACGCCCAUUCAUCACAAUAAAGCGCGGCAGAGCGUAAUAAAAAAGCAAACAAGUAAGGUCAAACAAGGAAUGUUUUGUUACUACGUUACUAACCUGAAAAGGAUGAUACGAACAUCAUUAAAAACUGCCGGAGUUUAUAAAGUACGGUAUUUGUGUCUAGUUGGUAAAAAAUUGAGGUUAAAGAUGAAGAUUCGCCAACGAAUAAUAUGGCCUGGAGAGAAGUCGAUCAUUCAUUCUUUUUUUAUGGUUACAUACCAAUUGAAAUAGCGUGAAUUUUACUCAUUUUUACUGAGUUUGUUUUCGAGUUCAAGAAACUUGGUCGUUUGAUGACCAAAGGUGCUAAAAUUUCAGCACUUUUAGGAAUAGGAAACCUAACGCUACUUUCGUAAAACUUUGAAUAAUUUUGAAAAAUACAACAGUGUUUCAUGAAAUAUUGUGCACUAGAUGUAGUGAACUCCAACCGAAGUGAGUAGUUACUCUUUAUCGUUAUCCAUUUCUGAGCUAAUUCUUUGUUUUCUGAAUGCCUUCAUGUAUUUGCUAAGGAAAAAGGGGAAUAAUUUUUUUACUGUAUUUCCAGCUAAAUUAGGCAGACAAUUGCGGUCCGACGAAAUGUCAUGGACGAACCGUCAAUAGUGUUAUACGUCGAUUGUAAUCCUAGCUUCGCUAUUUGCUGCGAUAAUGGUCGGUACGCGAACCUUUCCGAAUAGUCGGGAGGGCAAAGGGUCACCCGUAACUACUUGAGCUUAUUACUGCCAAUUGCUAAUAAGGUUGAGUCCAAGGUAAGUUCUCUCUGCGGUUUUCGAGGAACGGAUACAUUUUCGGAGGUGUAAUGUGAUCAACACAGCGGACAGACGUUUGGGUGUGUGAGAGCAUUGAAACUAGACCACACGAUAUAUUAGAUUCAGGCCAAAGAACCUCAUUGCAAAUUGUAUGGUCACGGUGUUUUAAAAAUUCCAAAACAAAAUGAAGAAUGAACAGGAAAAGUCUCAAACUUUUCAUUUCCCACCUUUUGUUUUCCGGAUCCAUAUGAGUAUUCCAACUCAUUUUCAGUAAUUGCGUGUAACAGUGGUUGUCUCUUACAUUUUCCUGCAAAAUUUCUCUCUGAGCAUGCCUGACGAUGGACCGCUGUGUUGGAGUAACGCGAUUGCUUUUAUUGCCGUCAGUCAACGACAAGAUGACAGAGCUGAAUAACUUCUGCGCAUGCGAUAUUUUGAGUCGUUUCCAUGCUUGAUUUUCCAUUCUGUUUCUUCAAGGCGCUGCUUCCCUUGUUGCUUUCCUUUAAAAAAAAAAACUCUAGAAUCUUUGUACGCCCCCUUUAAAUUUCCAAAACUCAUUUUCUUCUCUGAAACACUGGAAAUAGGAAAAUACCUGGGUUUUAAAUGUCAGCCCCUUUUUUCCCCGCAAAUUUCUCUGAAUAAUGAACCUCGUGCGCUUGAGUCCGUGUCAUUGAUCGCAUACCUGUGACGUAGCAUUUCAUGAUUCAGCUCUGCCUCGACACUUGGCAACUAUACGGUGAUUUUUUUUAGAUAAAAAGGACCUUUGUUAACGACCUCCCUUCUCCUUGUCCUUCCAGCUCCCAACUAUCUGACAGGAUCAGAUAACGUACCUGCUGGAAUGACCAACGUGAAGCAACCCGGAGGUUCCUUAACUGCUGCUGUUGGAGAUGGAAAAACUGACGACACAUCGGCCAUUCAGGCCAUCGUUAAACACGUUGCAGGUUCCACAAACAACAAGGUUUUUUUCCCUCGUGGUGAGUACCUGGUCAGCAGUGAUAUUACUAUAAGUGGCUCAGUGGAAUUGCAUGGAACCCAGAGUGGUAUUGCAGUUAUCAAGGCGUCGAUUCCGUAUGCCAUAGAAAUACAGAAUGCUUCACCAGUAAAGCAUGUUUCACUGAAGUAUCUGUAUCUCGACGGGAUUCUUGUAGUAUUUGAUGGUCAAACUAAAGGGCCAUCAUCUACAGGUGACAUUACAUUAGAGAGCUGUGUAUUCUUUUCAUCGGCAAGUCCAACUGCAAACAACGGACGGAAACGACAACUGGUGAUGAUGGAGCUUGGAAACAGCCGUGUUUACAAAAACGUCUUUUUACGUGAUUCAGGUGCAUAUGGAGUUGCUUCCAGAUUUAGAAGUACUUUGAGCGUUUGGGUAAUUGACAACGUAUGUGGACUUGAGCUAAGUAAAUUAGAGUGGUUGUCUUCCAAAGUUGAGCCAGUAUCCCAUUGGCGAGAUCAAAAACAGAAAUUAGAGUUCUUGAAGACUCGUUACAAUCUUAAAUCUGACCAAGGCUACUUUAAAAGUUGUCUUUAUGACCAGUGCGACAAAAAAAUGAAAAUAGCGGAAAAUAUAUUCAACGGAAGUCCCAAUAUCAGAAGACACAGAGACCACGCCAUGUACCUGAAAGGGUUUGAUAACAUGGAAGUGAAAAGCAAUUAUGUCAGAGGUUGGCCUGCGAAUCCAUCAGGUGGUAUCAAAGUUCGAAAUGGAAAAAAUCUUUGGCUUGCUCGUAAUUACGUCGACGACACAGGCAUUCUGUUGUAUUCACACAGAAAACGCAAGGCCUGUCUUCAUGAUGGUCUCAAGAACGUGAUCAUCUACGGAAAUCACCUGGUACAGCGAACAAGACCAGACAGACGAGAAAGCAGUUUAAGCUAUUAUGAGCCCCACUCGGUUGGAAAGGAUGAGAAUAUCAAGUACUCUGCUAACGUAUUUGAGAUCGUUGGGUUCAGUAACCCGACUAAGUACAGAUGCAUUUGGCUGACCAAUGGUAAUCCGUCUCAACAUCAUGUGUACAAAGACAACGUGUAUCAUGGGACUUCGACGACUGUGAAGCUGCAAGCGAGGGGAGGUACUCCAUCAUACGAAACAAGGGACAUCGACCAGAAAAUCAAAGAUCUGUACAACUAUCCAGCAUACAAACUAGACAUUCCACCUUAUUAA